CAUGAUAAUACAACAGUGCAGGAGCUGUCUUGAUAAACUCUAGUGGUGUGAGGCUCCCUGCUAGUGUGUCUUGCUUUGGGAACUGAUAUAGCCGUACUCUUGUUCACACGUCGGUAGUUUUUAGAGCAGUACAUUGAGGUUCGCCAAACAAAUGGUCACUGCCACCAUCGCUGCGAGCUUGAUAAGAUAAUCGGACGAACCGUGAGUGUUCAUAGGACCAAAGGUGGAAGGCGCUGAGGAAUUUAAUUGCCGUACCGUCAGCUGCACCAUGGACCAUGAAGGGAACACUCGCGUGGUGGGCAUCAUCGGCGCUGGGGCAGCGGGUCUAUGCGCCGCCCGCCACGUGCAGGCCGCGGCGGGGUGGACGCCCGUGGUGUGGGAGCAGGCGCUGGACCUGGGCGGCACGUGGAGGCUGUCCCAAGACGUCGGCACGGACCAGCGAGGCUUCCCGGUACACUCGAGUCUCUACAACAGUUUGAGGACAGACUUGCCGGCAGUGCUGAUGGCUUUCCCAGACUACAAGUUUCCUGAGGGGGAGUCGUUUAUGCAUCACACCGUUGUCCUCAAGUACCUCGAAGACUACGCACAUCACUUCGACCUGCUACAGUUCAUUAAGUUCGGGCACCGCGUCGAGGAGGUGUCACCGGCCACGGCACCUGAAGGAGACGCCCAGUGGCAGGUGACUGUGAAUGACCUUGCUACGGGACGCCUCCACACCGCUUCCUGCCACGCGCUGCUGGUCUGUAACGGUCACUUCACCGAGGCCAGUAUUCCCCACAUUGAAGGCAUCGACAAGUACCUCGGGCGGACCCUCCACAGCCACGACUACCGCGAGCCGUCACCCCACGCCGGCAGCUGCGUGGUGGUGCUGGGUGCUGCUGCCUCGGGGCUCGACAUCUCCCUCGAGCUGACCAGUGUGGCAGACAAGGUUCUUCUCGCGCACAACCUCCCGAUCAAGAUCCCUUCGGAGUUCCCGCCCAACCUACACCAAAAGCCGAAUGUUGUCAGAGCGGACGAGAAGGGGUUUGUGUUUGCCGACGGAACGUACAGCGAGGCGGACGUUAUAAUAUACUGCACAGGCUACAAGUACAAGUUCCCCUUCCUGACGAGCGAGUGCGGUAUCGAGGUGCAGGACAACCACGUCAGAGAGUUAUACAAGCACAUCGUCAACGUCCGAUUUCCAACUAUGGGAUUCAUCGGCCUGCCUUCCCGUGUCAUCGUCUUCCUAGUCAUCAAUUACCAGGUGCGGUACUUCUUAGCUGUCCUGAGAGGUGACGUUACUCUCCCAUCAUCGGAAGAAAUGUUGGCUCUGAACCGCAAGACUGACCAGGAGCGCCGGGAUCAAGGGCUGCCGGAGAUGCAUUACCACACCCUCGCCACGGAUCAAUUCCAGUACCUGAGUGACCUCGCCGCGGAGGCAGGAUUGGAGGAGCCCCCGGCCUUCAUGUCUGAGCUCUGGAAGACAGUGCUCCUUCGUCUCUUCCUCUCGUACUCGGUCUUCAAAAACUACGCUUACCGCCUCGCCCAUGAUGGCUCCGUGGUGGAGGCCUACAGGGGGCAGGAGGUGGCCACGCGCUGGGACCUCGCCAGACUGGUCUUGACCCAAACACUCCGCGUCCUGUUGCGAGACUUUCCAAGGGUUGUCUACUUUUUCGGCUCACUUCUUGGGCGGCGCUUGGGGAAACUGUUUAGGUUCUCAAAGUAAAGAUAAGCUUGUGGCCCCAGGGAGGCACUCACAGGGGCUCUCGCGACAUGUUUUCUGUACCUCAACAAACCCUGGGGCCUAGUGGAGUAUAAGUGCUUGUCUGAUUGUUUGAGUGCUUGUGAUCUUUAACCCGUCCACUGCGAUUGGUACGGAUUUGGCCUUCACUGAUAGCCUGGUAACAUGUAGUCCCAGGUCUUUCUCUGUCUCUGUGGCGGAUAGUGGAGUGUUUCCCAUGUGGUAUUGGUAUGCUGAAUAUACUCUCCCAAGAUGAAGGACUUUACAUUUUCUUAAUUGAAUUGUAGCAGACACUUUUUGUUCAGUUCCUGUAGCUUGAUGUCUUUUGGUAGGAAAUCCGCAGUCAAGGGGUUAAAAUAAUCAUGUACACAAUUCCUGCAUGGUUAGGCCGCGGUGGCUCGUCGUUAAUCUAUUGAAUGUGAAAUGUACGUACUCUGUGCUUUGUUGUCACUGCAUUCAUAUAAUAAAAUAGGUAUAAAGAUAA